GAUCCCCCCCUCCACCGACACCCAGCAAUCAACCCUCAGGCCUUCCAUACCGCGCCUCGGAACUCUCCAAGGCGGUUCUCUCUCCACUCCUCUCCUCCUCCGCCCACCACGACCGGCAAUGCCUCUCAUCCAACCUGCCCGCUGCGCCCAGCGCGUCACCGCCUCCCUCCCGUCCCGCACGCCCGCCACGACACACUCCGCCAUCCGCCGGUCAAUUUCAACCUCGCAGUCGCUACGGUCGGGCUCACACGCCCACGAGGACCACUACGACCCGCCAUCCGGAUGGCUCUUCGGCGUGCGACCGGGCGAGAAGUAUCAGAACGAGGGGUGGGAGAAGGUCUGGGUCUAUGGCUUCUUUGGCAGUUUAGCGCUGGGUGUUGUCGGGUAUGCUUUUAAGCCAGAUACGAGCAUACAAACAUGGGCUCUCGAAGAAGCGCGGCGACGGCUGGAAGCUGAGGGCAUACUCCCGGAUCCGGAUCUGAAGAAAGGCAACGACGCGAACUAGACUCGGAUGAUCAAUAGUUGCACGCAGGGCUUUGUUUCAAGUUACGGAGAUCGAACGUCUUUCGACUUGGUCCGAAACUGAUCCUCAUCGACUGAGGCCAAGUCUGGAGACGAAGAAAGGCGGAUGGAAUUGUACAUAAUCUUGAGCGCAGACGCGGGAUUUCCUUUGAGUGGCACGGUAACUACAGCAUAGAGUUUGGACUGGCUUAUUGCCUUACAUUUUCGACAAUACCACAUGUUUUGUCACCAAAUCAAAAUGUCUUCGAAGCUUAGCCUCCCCCAGCUAACGGUCCUCUUACACCCGAAAUCGCUGAGACGAGAUGGCAAGUAGAACAAACUUGCAAAGGUUCCCAUUUAGGCAUGUACUAUCUGUGGGUUCCUGACUAGUUUCAUCAUCAUCACCUCCCCUCUAUCAGGGCUGUCAGUCAUAUUCGCUACAUGAACCACAAACAAAUUGAUCAGUG